GUGGUGUGAAAGUACCUUUCUGUCUUUGUCAAGGGAGCCUAAGCAAUCCGCAUGCUCAGAGAUGCCUGAGGAGAAGUUGUAAAUUGUAGUGAAUGUUAAGAGCUCUUACAGAAAGAGCUCACAAGAACGCAAUCAGCAAAGGAAAGGCACAGGGCUGGAGUCCAGAGGAAACCGGGAGUCCCUGGGGCGGACCAAACCUGGCACCUCUGGAGAGGGCAGCGCUGUCUCCUAGGCAGCUCCUUGUGCUUAUGGGCUGUUGCCCUCAUCUUGUCUGACAAGUGAAGAAACCUCUCUUACCUAUGGAAGAUCGCAGUGACCAUUUCCCUCUCUGUACUUUAUUACCACGGCUGCCCUCAGAGCCGGGCAUGACACUGCUCACCAUCAGAAUCGAGAAGAUUGGCCUGAAGGACGCCGGGCAGUGCAUCGAUCCUUACAUUACAGUCAGCGUAAAGGAUCUGAACGGAAUAAAUUUGACGCCUGUGCAGGACACACCUGUGGCUUCAAGAAAGGAGGACACAUAUGUCCAUUUCAAAGUGGACAUCGAGCUGCAGAAGCAUGUGGAGAAGCUGACCAAAGGUACAGCCGUCUUCUUUGAAUUCAAGCACUACAAGCCCAAGAAGAGGUUCACCAGCACCAAGUGCUUCGCCUUCAUGGAGAUGGAUGAGAUCAAACCCGGGCCGAUUGUAAUUGAACUCUACAAGAAACCCACUGACUUUAAAAGAAAAAAAUUACAGUUAUUGACCAAGAAACCACUUUAUCUUCACCUGCAUCAAACUUUGCACAAGGACUGAUCCUCACCUGAGUACCCUGGAACUCCUGUGAAUCUUACCAGCCAGUAGCAAGCGCCACAGCUCUGUAGGAUCUUCACUCUCUUGGGCAGGAAGUGGGCUGUGCCCACCCAGCAGGCCAGUGAGUACCUGGCAUGGCCGCAGUUUGGAACCGAGUCUGGCGUGGUGCAGAGCAAGUCUCCUUUGGACCUAGGCUUACUGUAGGUGCCGGACCAUGCUCUUCUCUGUUGAUUAUGUGAUCCAUAGUCUGUUUUAUAAUUCGCCUCGGAUCCUACCCGGCUUCCCAGAACAGUGAGCUGUGGGAGGCGUGCUCAUCUUCAGACCCCACACAGCAACAAGAAUGUGCUUGAGUUUACACACCUGCUCCCUGGGGCCGGGCUGUGUAGAGUGCACCCCCCCCCAGUGGGACGGGCUGCUGGACUUCCGGCUCUGACGUCCUGUAUGGAAUAGCGUGCCUUGCCCAGAUCAGUGUCCCCAAGUGGUGGCUGUGAUUUCUUUUCCCAGAGAACCAGAUUAUUUUUCUGAAAAUGACAUAUUUUAAUCGUGUUGAUCACCUGUUUUACAUCACAUUGUUAUUUUUUCUGAUGAUUUUAGAGUUAACAUUGGAAGCAUCUCAGAAUAAACACACCUUUUUAGAUGGGUUUACAGUGUCUUAAGUGAUGUCAUCUGAAAAUAACUGUGUCUAGUACAAAUGAAAUACUGCAGGAAUAAAUGCUGCUUAUCU